GGUCGCCUGUUAAUCAUGAGGAUUUGGCAGCUGCCCAUCGUCUUGGGGCUUUUCCACCUCGGGAAGGCCUCCACCAAGCUGGAUUGUUCAAGGCGAAAACUGGAUCUGGUCUUUCUGUUGGACUCCUCCGGUAGUGUCAAACUGCACAACUUCAAAACCACGCUUUCCUUCGUGAAAAGCUUCCUCUCGACAACAAGUAUAGAUGAUGGUAACGUCCGAGUUGGUGUGGUCACUUUUAACCAUCGUGCGCAUAUUCAGUUUCACCUCAAUCAAUAUAAAACGAAGAAAGAGUUAUUCCGGGCAAUAGACAAAAUCAAAUACAAAAAAGGAGCUACCAACACUUAUGCUGGUCUCAGAACACUGCGAACUAAAAUGUUUAGCAAAAGAAGAGGUGAUCGUAGAGGUGCCAAGAAUGUAGCUUUGGUCAUCACAGAUGGUUUGUCCAACAGGAAUGCCAAGAAGACGAUUCCAGAAGCAAAGGCUGUGAGAAAGGCAAACAUCCAGAUCUAUGCCAUUGGUAUCGGAUUGAAGAAGCGUACAGCGGAGUUAGAAGGGAUAGCCAGUAGACCCAUUGAAGAGAAUCGAUUUACAGUAAAGGACUUCAAAAGGUUAGGAGGCCUUAAGGAGAAAGUAUUCGCUUCAGUCUGCCAAUUUGCCACAACUCCACUGCCACCAAAAGAUUGUUCAAGGCGAAAACUGGAUCUGGUCUUUCUGUUGGACUCCUCCGGUAGUGUCAAACUGCACAACUUCAAAACCACGCUUUCCUUCGUGAAAAGCUUCCUCUCGACAACAAGUAUAGAUGAUGGUAACGUCCGAGUUGGUGUGGUCACUUUUAACCAUCGUGCGCAUAUUCAGUUUCACCUCAAUCAAUAUAAAACGAAGAAAGAGUUAUUCCGGGCAAUAGACAAAAUCAAAUACAAAAAAGGAGCUACCAACACUUAUGCUGGUCUCAGAACACUGCGAACUAAAAUGUUUAGCAAAAGAAGAGGUGAUCGUAGAGGUGCCAAGAAUGUAGCUUUGGUCAUCACAGAUGGUUUGUCCAACAGGAAUGCCAAGAAGACGAUUCCAGAAGCAAAGGCUGUGAGAAAGGCAAACAUCCAGAUCUAUGCCAUUGGUAUCGGAUUGAAGAAGCGUACAGCGGAGUUAGAAGGGAUAGCUAGUAGACCCAUUGAAGAGAAUCGAUUUACAGUAAAGGACUUCAAAAGGUUAGGAGGCCUUAAGGAGAAAGUAUUCGCUUCAGUCUGCCAAUUUGCCACAACUCCACUGCCACCAAAAGAUUGUUCAAGGCGAAAACUGGAUCUGGUCUUUCUGUUGGACUCCUCCGGUAGUGUCAAACUGCACAACUUCAAAACCACGCUUUCCUUCGUGAAAAGCUUCCUCUCGACAACAAGUAUAGAUGAUGGUAACGUCCGAGUUGGUGUGGUCACUUUUAACCAUCGUGCGCAUAUUCAGUUUCACCUCAAUCAAUAUAAAACGAAGAAAGAGUUAUUCCGGGCAAUAGACAAAAUCAAAUACAAAAAAGGAGCUACCAACACUUAUGCUGGUCUCAGAACACUGCGAACUAAAAUGUUUAGCAAAAGAAGAGGUGAUCGUAGAGGUGCCAAGAAUGUAGCUUUGGUCAUCACAGAUGGUUUGUCCAACAGGAAUGCCAAGAAGACGAUUCCAGAAGCAAAGGCUGUGAGAAAGGCAAACAUCCAGAUCUAUGCCAUUGGUAUCGGAUUGAAGAAGCGUACAGCGGAGUUAGAAGGGAUAGCCAGUAGACCCAUUGAAGAGAAUCGAUUUACAGUAAAGGACUUCAAAAGGUUAGGAGGCCUUAAGGAGAAAGUAUUCGCUUCAGUCUGCCAAUUUGCCACAACUCCACUGCCACCAAAAGAUUGUUCAAGGCGAAAACUGGAUCUGGUCUUUCUGUUGGACUCCUCCGGUAGUGUCAAACUGCACAACUUCAAAACCACGCUUUCCUUCGUGAAAAGCUUCCUCUCGACAACAAGUAUAGAUGAUGGUAACGUCCGAGUUGGUGUGGUCACUUUUAACCAUCGUGCGCAUAUUCAGUUUCACCUCAAUCAAUAUAAAACGAAGAAAGAGUUAUUCCGGGCAAUAGACAAAAUCAAAUACAAAAAAGGAGCUACCAACACUUAUGCUGGUCUCAGAACACUGCGAACUAAAAUGUUUAGCAAAAGAAGAGGUGAUCGUAGAGGUGCCAAGAAUGUAGCUUUGGUCAUCACAGAUGGUUUGUCCAACAGGAAUGCCAAGAAGACGAUUCCAGAAGCAAAGGCUGUGAGAAAGGCAAACAUCCAGAUCUAUGCCAUUGGUAUCGGAUUGAAGAAGCGUACAGCGGAGUUAGAAGGGAUAGCUAGUAGACCCAUUGAAGAGAAUCGAUUUACAGUAAAGGACUUCAAAAGGUUAGGAGGCCUUAAGGAGAAAGUAUUCGCUUCAGUCUGCCAAUUUGCCACAACUCCACUGCCACCAAAAGAUUGUUCAAGGCGAAAACUGGAUCUGGUCUUUCUGUUGGACUCCUCCGGUAGUGUCAAACUGCACAACUUCAAAACCACGCUUUCCUUCGUGAAAAGCUUCCUCUCGACAACAAGUAUAGAUGAUGGUAACGUCCGAGUUGGUGUGGUCACUUUUAACCAUCGUGCGCAUAUUCAGUUUCACCUCAAUCAAUAUAAAACGAAGAAAGAGUUAUUCCGGGCAAUAGACAAAAUCAAAUACAAAAAAGGAGCUACCAACACUUAUGCUGGUCUCAGAACACUGCGAACUAAAAUGUUUAGCAAAAGAAGAGGUGAUCGUAGAGGUGCCAAGAAUGUAGCUUUGGUCAUCACAGAUGGUUUGUCCAACAGGAAUGCCAAGAAGACGAUUCCAGAAGCAAAGGCUGUGAGAAAGGCAAACAUCCAGAUCUAUGCCAUUGGUAUCGGAUUGAAGAAGCGUACAGCGGAGUUAGAAGGGAUAGCCAGUAGACCCAUUGAAGAGAAUCGAUUUACAGUAAAGGACUUCAAAAGGUUAGGAGGCCUUAAGGAGAAAGUAUUCGCUUCAGUCUGCCAAUUUGCCACAACUCCACUGCCACCAAAAGAUUGUUCAAGGCGAAAACUGGAUCUGGUCUUUCUGUUGGACUCCUCCGGUAGUGUCAAACUGCACAACUUCAAAACCACGCUUUCCUUCGUGAAAAGCUUCCUCUCGACAACAAGUAUAGAUGAUGGUAACGUCCGAGUUGGUGUGGUCACUUUUAACCAUCGUGCGCAUAUUCAGUUUCACCUCAAUCAAUAUAAAACGAAGAAAGAGUUAUUCCGGGCAAUAGACAAAAUCAAAUACAAAAAAGGAGCUACCAACACUUAUGCUGGUCUCAGAACACUGCGAACUAAAAUGUUUAGCAAAAGAAGAGGUGAUCGUAGAGGUGCCAAGAAUGUAGCUUUGGUCAUCACAGAUGGUUUGUCCAACAGGAAUGCCAAGAAGACGAUUCCAGAAGCAAAGGCUGUGAGAAAGGCAAACAUCCAGAUCUAUGCCAUUGGUAUCGGAUUGAAGAAGCGUACAGCGGAGUUAGAAGGGAUAGCUAGUAGACCCAUUGAAGAGAAUCGAUUUACAGUAAAGGACUUCAAAAGGUUAGGAGGCCUUAAGGAGAAAGUAUUCGCUUCAGUCUGCCAAUUUGCCACAACUCCACUGCCACCAAAAGAUUGUUCAAGGCGAAAACUGGAUCUGGUCUUUCUGUUGGACUCCUCCGGUAGUGUCAAACUGCACAACUUCAAAACCACGCUUUCCUUCGUGAAAAGCUUCCUCUCGACAACAAGUAUAGAUGAUGGUAACGUCCGAGUUGGUGUGGUCACUUUUAACCAUCGUGCGCAUAUUCAGUUUCACCUCAAUCAAUAUAAAACGAAGAAAGAGUUAUUCCGGGCAAUAGACAAAAUCAAAUACAAAAAAGGAGCUACCAACACUUAUGCUGGUCUCAGAACACUGCGAACUAAAAUGUUUAGCAAAAGAAGAGGUGAUCGUAGAGGUGCCAAGAAUGUAGCUUUGGUCAUCACAGAUGGUUUGUCCAACAGGAAUGCCAAGAAGACGAUUCCAGAAGCAAAGGCUGUGAGAAAGGCAAACAUCCAGAUCUAUGCCAUUGGUAUCGGAUUGAAGAAGCGUACAGCGGAGUUAGAAGGGAUAGCCAGUAGACCCAUUGAAGAGAAUCGAUUUACAGUAAAGGACUUCAAAAGGUUAGGAGGCCUUAAGGAGAAAGUAUUCGCUUCAGUCUGCCAAUUUGCCACAACUCCACUGCCACCAAAAGGUCGGUGUCAUAAAAGACGUUGCCGCAAUGGGGGCACUUGCAAGCAGAUUGGACCCUUGAAAUGGAAAUGUUUAUGUCGACGUGGAUUCAGAGGCAGGAGGUGUAGAAGGAAAGUUGGUGUAGGUCGGUGUCAUAAAAGACGUUGCCGCAAUGGGGGCACUUGCAAGCAGAUUGGACCCUUGAAAUGGAAAUGUUUAUGUCGACGUGGAUUCAGAGGCAGGAGGUGUAGAAGGAAAGUUGGUGUAGGUCGGUGUCAUAAAAGACGUUGCCGCAAUGGGGGCACUUGCAAGCAGAUUGGACCCUUGAAAUGGAAAUGUUUAUGUCGACGUGGAUUCAGAGGCAGGAGGUGUAGAAGGAAAGUUGGUGUAGGUCGGUGUCAUAAAAGACGUUGCCGCAAUGGGGGCACUUGCAAGCAGAUUGGACCCUUGAAAUGGAAAUGUUUAUGUCGACGUGGAUUCAGAGGCAGGAGGUGUAGAAGGAAAGUUGGUGUAGGUCGGUGUCAUAAAAGACGUUGCCGCAAUGGGGGCACUUGCAAGCAGAUUGGACCCUUGAAAUGGAAAUGUUUAUGUCGACGUGGAUUCAGAGGCAGGAGGUGUAGAAGGAAAGUUGGUGUAGGUCGGUGUCAUAAAAGACGUUGCCGCAAUGGGGGCACUUGCAAGCAGAUUGGACCCUUGAAAUGGAAAUGUUUAUGUCGACGUGGAUUCAGAGGCAGGAGGUGUAGAAGGAAAGUUGGUGUAGGUCGGUGUCAUAAAAGACGUUGCCGCAAUGGGGGCACUUGCAAGCAGAUUGGACCCUUGAAAUGGAAAUGUUUAUGUCGACGUGGAUUCAGAGGCAGGAGGUGUAGAAGGAAAGUUGGUGUAGGUCGGUGUCAUAAAAGACGUUGCCGCAAUGGGGGCACUUGCAAGCAGAUUGGACCCUUGAAAUGGAAAUGUUUAUGUCGACGUGGAUUCAGAGGCAGGAGGUGUAGAAGGAAAGUUGGUGUAGGUCGGUGUCAUAAAAGACGUUGCCGCAAUGGGGGCACUUGCAAGCAGAUUGGACCCUUGAAAUGGAAAUGUUUAUGUCGACGUGGAUUCAGAGGCAGGAGGUGUAGAAGGAAAGUUGGUGUAGGUCGGUGUCAUAAAAGACGUUGCCGCAAUGGGGGCACUUGCAAGCAGAUUGGACCCUUGAAAUGGAAAUGUUUAUGUCGACGUGGAUUCAGAGGCAGGAGGUGUAGAAGGAAAGUUGGUGUAGGUCGGUGUCAUAAAAGACGUUGCCGCAAUGGGGGCACUUGCAAGCAGAUUGGACCCUUGAAAUGGAAAUGUUUAUGUCGACGUGGAUUCAGAGGCAGGAGGUGUAGAAGGAAAGUUGGUGUAGGUCGGUGUCAUAAAAGACGUUGCCGCAAUGGGGGCACUUGCAAGCAGAUUGGACCCUUGAAAUGGAAAUGUUUAUGUCGACGUGGAUUCAGAGGCAGGAGGUGUAGAAGGAAAGUUGGUGUAGGUCGGUGUCAUAAAAGACGUUGCCGCAAUGGGGGCACUUGCAAGCAGAUUGGACCCUUGAAAUGGAAAUGUUUAUGUCGACGUGGAUUCAGAGGCAGGAGGUGUAGAAGGAAAGUUGGUGUAGGUCGGUGUCAUAAAAGACGUUGCCGCAAUGGGGGCACUUGCAAGCAGAUUGGACCCUUGAAAUGGAAAUGUUUAUGUCGACGUGGAUUCAGAGGCAGGAGGUGUAGAAGGAAAGUUGGUGUAGGUCGGUGUCAUAAAAGACGUUGCCGCAAUGGGGGCACUUGCAAGCAGAUUGGACCCUUGAAAUGGAAAUGUUUAUGUCGACGUGGAUUCAGAGGCAGGAGGUGUAGAAGGAAAGUUGGUGUAGGUCGGUGUCAUAAAAGACGUUGCCGCAAUGGGGGCACUUGCAAGCAGAUUGGACCCUUGAAAUGGAAAUGUUUAUGUCGACGUGGAUUCAGAGGCAGGAGGUGUAGAAGGAAAGUUGGUGUAGGUCGGUGUCAUAAAAGACGUUGCCGCAAUGGGGGCACUUGCAAGCAGAUUGGACCCUUGAAAUGGAAAUGUUUAUGUCGACGUGGAUUCAGAGGCAGGAGGUGUAGAAGGAAAGUUGGUGUAGGUCGGUGUCAUAAAAGACGUUGCCGCAAUGGGGGCACUUGCAAGCAGAUUGGACCCUUGAAAUGGAAAUGUUUAUGUCGACGUGGAUUCAGAGGCAGGAGGUGUAGAAGGAAAGUUGGUGUAGGUCGGUGUCAUAAAAGACGUUGCCGCAAUGGGGGCACUUGCAAGCAGAUUGGACCCUUGAAAUGGAAAUGUUUAUGUCGACGUGGAUUCAGAGGCAGGAGGUGUAGAAGGAAAGUUGGUGUAGGUCGGUGUCAUAAAAGACGUUGCCGCAAUGGGGGCACUUGCAAGCAGAUUGGACCCUUGAAAUGGAAAUGUUUAUGUCGACGUGGAUUCAGAGGCAGGAGGUGUAGAAGGAAAGUUGGUGUAGGUCGGUGUCAUAAAAGACGUUGCCGCAAUGGGGGCACUUGCAAGCAGAUUGGACCCUUGAAAUGGAAAUGUUUAUGUCGACGUGGAUUCAGAGGCAGGAGGUGUAGAAGGAAAGUUGGUGUAGGUCGGUGUCAUAAAAGACGUUGCCGCAAUGGGGGCACUUGCAAGCAGAUUGGACCCUUGAAAUGGAAAUGUUUAUGUCGACGUGGAUUCAGAGGCAGGAGGUGUAGAAGGAAAGUUGGUGUAGGUCGGUGUCAUAAAAGACGUUGCCGCAAUGGGGGCACUUGCAAGCAGAUUGGACCCUUGAAAUGGAAAUGUUUAUGUCGACGUGGAUUCAGAGGCAGGAGGUGUAGAAGGAAAGUUGGUGUAGGUCGGUGUCAUAAAAGACGUUGCCGCAAUGGGGGCACUUGCAAGCAGAUUGGACCCUUGAAAUGGAAAUGUUUAUGUCGACGUGGAUUCAGAGGCAGGAGGUGUAGAAGGAAAGUUGGUGUAGGUCGGUGUCAUAAAAGACGUUGCCGCAAUGGGGGCACUUGCAAGCAGAUUGGACCCUUGAAAUGGAAAUGUUUAUGUCGACGUGGAUUCAGAGGCAGGAGGUGUAGAAGGAAAGUUGGUGUAGGUCGGUGUCAUAAAAGACGUUGCCGCAAUGGGGGCACUUGCAAGCAGAUUGGACCCUUGAAAUGGAAAUGUUUAUGUCGACGUGGAUUCAGAGGCAGGAGGUGUAGAAGGAAAGUUGGUGUAGGUCGGUGUCAUAAAAGACGUUGCCGCAAUGGGGGCACUUGCAAGCAGAUUGGACCCUUGAAAUGGAAAUGUUUAUGUCGACGUGGAUUCAGAGGCAGGAGGUGUAGAAGGAAAGUUGGUGUAGGUCGGUGUCAUAAAAGACGUUGCCGCAAUGGGGGCACUUGCAAGCAGAUUGGACCCUUGAAAUGGAAAUGUUUAUGUCGACGUGGAUUCAGAGGCAGGAGGUGUAGAAGGAAAGUUGGUGUAGGUCGGUGUCAUAAAAGACGUUGCCGCAAUGGGGGCACUUGCAAGCAGAUUGGACCCUUGAAAUGGAAAUGUUUAUGUCGACGUGGAUUCAGAGGCAGGAGGUGUAGAAGGAAAGUUGGUGUAGGUCGGUGUCAUAAAAGACGUUGCCGCAAUGGGGGCACUUGCAAGCAGAUUGGACCCUUGAAAUGGAAAUGUUUAUGUCGACGUGGAUUCAGAGGCAGGAGGUGUAGAAGGAAAGUUGGUGUAGGUCGGUGUCAUAAAAGACGUUGCCGCAAUGGGGGCACUUGCAAGCAGAUUGGACCCUUGAAAUGGAAAUGUUUAUGUCGACGUGGAUUCAGAGGCAGGAGGUGUAGAAGGAAAGUUGGUGUAGGUCGGUGUCAUAAAAGACGUUGCCGCAAUGGGGGCACUUGCAAGCAGAUUGGACCCUUGGAAUGGAAAUGUUUAUGUCGACGUGGAUUCAGAGGCAGGAGGUGUAGAAGGAAAGUAGUACGUGUAGGUCGGUGUCAUAAAAGACGUUGCCGCAAUGGAGGCACUUGCAAGCAGAUUGGACCCUUGAAAUGGAAAUGUUUAUGUCGACGUGGAUUCAGAGGCAGGAGGUGUAGAAGGAAAGUAGGUGUAGGUCGGUGUCAUAAAAGACGUUGCCGCAAUGGGGGCACUUGCAAGCAGAUUGGACCCUUGAAAUGGAAAUGUUUAUGUCGACGUGGAUUCAGAGGCAGGAGGUGUAGAAGGAAAGUAGGUGUAGGUCGGUGUCAUAAAAGACGUUGCCGCAAUGGGGGCACUUGCAAGCAGAUUGGACCCUUGAAAUGGAAAUGUUUAUGUCGACGUGGAUUCAGAGGCAGGAGGUGUAGAAGGAAAGUUGGUGUAGUGUGCAGCCAACGGAAACUCGACAUCCUGGUUGUAGAAGACGCAUCUAACUCAAUCGGAAAGCUUCAGUAUAGCAGCUUGAAAAGAUUUGAACAACAAAUGCUCAGGUCUUUUGAGAUAAGCUCUAAAGCCAUUAAUGUUGCUUUUAUGGUAUUUUCCGUAAACGCAAGAGUGGUAUUCCAACUAAAUGCCUACUCUAACAACAAACCAGCUGUUCUUGCUGCUGUGAACGCACAAGCUAAUGAAGGUGGUGCUAGUUCACAUAUUGGUGAGGCCAUAAAGCUGGCUAACGCCGACGUUUUUACGAGCAGAAACGGUGACCGACCAGACGCUGACAAUAUGGUCAUCUUCUUCACUGACGCCGACGGUACAUGUGAUGACAAAUUGGUUGUGGCUGCCAACAUUGGUUACCUUCAGGCGAAAUCUGAAGUUUUCGUCGUCCAUACGAAGGGACUAGGCGAUACAGCCAAUAGAAAUGUGACGAUCAGUGCACUUGCAUCAGACCCCGAUAACAAGCAUGCUUUCCAUGUUGACAACUCAAACGCUGUCACUGCAAUAAUGCAAAGGGUCGAGGCUUGUAGAGCACAAUGAGCGCAAUACUUUUUUGUGUUGAACGUACACGAGAAAACCUAAUGAUUGGAAUUAGUUAAAAACCAUGUCAAUUACAUUAAUUAAAUUUUCUGUUCCUUA